GAGAAAGUGAAAAACGAAGAAAAGGAACCCCACUGUACCAUCGUUUCGUUAGGCUUGCUCCCCACUGUGAAUCCUUCCCGCUUGCCGGCCCACGCCGUCGUGUUCCAGCUCCAGGGCAGAGGUAACAGAAGCGAGUUUCCACAGUUGGGCAACUUUCCGGUCCCAGAGUCAAAGACCGUCCCAGCAAUCAUCUCCCUCGCUUGCGUGCAGUGCCGUGAAGUUGUGCACGCACAUGGCCGCACGUACGGGCAAGAUCUUGAUAUCCCGAACAAGGAUAUCCACGUCUUGUUUGAUGUGUGAUGAUUUGAAAAAAGACAAUAUCACAACGUUGGAAUGAACCUUCUGUUAGAAACACGCAGAUUAACUUCCGAGAAUGGCAUAGUGGUCCGAGGUUAACAGCCAUAUUCGUCAAGGAUUAUCGUGUGAUUGUUUGGUUGAAUUAAAGUGCUGAGAGUGAUGAUGAUGAUGGUGGUAGUGGUGAUGAUAUUGAUGAUGUUGAAUGAAGGGGCCCUGUGGGGAUCUUCCCAACCACCAAGCCCCUUCCUCCUCAGAGCUCCUCCUAGGCAUAUUGCCUGGAGGCUGCACUGUGCCACAGCAAUGAUGAUAGAUGACGACCGUCAGACCGUCAUCACCAGCUCGGGAAAUUUGUCCGCGAAUUUCUCCUUGCCGUGGUUGUUGUUGAUCCCGCUGUGAUAAAAAGUCGGAUAAAAUGAUGAAUUCCCAUAUUGGGAUGGAUGGAUGG